UACCUACUGACUGUUAAUCCUCUCUUUCUCUUUGGAAAUUUUCUGCAACCCCAGAAAACUAUGAAGAAGAUGAAUUCUCAUGGACCUACAACCAAAAUCAUCAAAAUCAAACAACACUCCGUUUGUCGAAUUUCAAUGCUGAUUCUACUGAUCUCCUUAUCCCUCUUUGCAUCUGCAACAACUCUCUUAAAACCCCCUCCACUUCCCAUUUUACCAAUCCCUUCAUCUGCACAAAUCUCGUGGCAACUUGAUGAAAUGGCACUCUUUCUUCAUUUUGGUACAAAUACUUUCACUGAUUCAGAAUGGGGUACUGGUCAUAUCAGUCCUUCAGUUUUUAACCCAACUGAACUUGAUGCUCGUCAAUGGAUUAGUGUAGCUAAAAAAGCUGGAUUUUCUCGUGUAAUUCUUACUGUUAAACAUCACGACGGGUUUUGUUUAUGGCCUUCUGCUUAUACUGAUUAUUCUGUUAAAUCCAGUCCUUGGAAGAAUGGUACUGGUGAUGUGCUGUUUGAAUUGGCUAUUGCUGCAAAGGAAGCAGGUAUUGGUUUGGGUGUUUAUCUUUCACCAUGGGAUCGACAUGAAGGUUGCUAUGGGAAAACAAUGGAUUAUAAUGAAUUUUACAUGGGGCAAAUGACUGAAUUGCUCACUGGAUAUGGGGAGAUCAAGGAGGUAUGGUUGGAUGGUGCUAAAGGCGAGGGAGAAAAGGACAUGCAGUAUUUCUUCAGGUCUUGGUUUAGUCUCAUACAUCAGCUCCAGCCUGGAGCAACAAUAUUUUCAGAUGCCGGUCCUGAUACUAGGUGGGUUGGGGAUGAGGCUGGUGUUGCUGGCUCCACUUGCUGGUCUCUUGUCAACCAGAGCUCCCUCACAAUCGGACACACUGAUGCCGAGUAUUCCGGUGGAGGAGACCCACAAGGACAAGACUGGAUUCCUGCCGAGUGUGAUGUAUCGAUAAGACCUGGUUGGUUCUGGCACCCAUCAGAACUCCCCAAGUCCGCACUCACUCUUCUUGAUAUAUACUACAAAUCAGCAGGCAGAAACUGCCUUCUGUUGCUUAACGUACCUCCCAAUUCAUCAGGCCUUAUAUCAGAUGAAGAUGUUCAAGUGCUCCGAGAAUUCACAGAGCUCCGACGCGCCAUUUUCUCCCAUAACCUGGCAGUCAAUGCAGUUCUUACUGCAAGCAGCACACGUGGAAGCAGCUUUGGUGAUUCCCGAUUUGAGCCAUCUCAUGUUCUUGAAGAGGGAAUCUUUCAUUAUUGGGCCCCUGAGGAGGACCAAUCAGACUGGAUAAUAUAUCUAGAUUUCGCAACAUCAGUAUCGUUUAACAUGAUUCAAAUUCAGGAGCCAAUUCACAUGGGUCAACGUGUUGUCUCCUUCCAUCUUGAUAUUUUAAGUCAAGGGAUCUGGCAGACUGUAAUGAAGGGCACAACUGUUGGGUACAGAAGGUUGGUGCGCUUUCCCACUGUAAAAUCACAACAACUGAGACUUGUUAUUGAUAAGGCUCGAGCUGAUCCACUGAUUUCUUGCUUGGGCAUAUAUUCUGACCCAUUCUCGGUUGAUGCACCUGAUGUAAGUUCAACGUCAUACUUCAAUGCCAGUCGAAUUAUUCAGCCAGUGGUUGGCAACCACUCUUCCAGUACUUCAGCGCAGAUAUGAGUUUCAGGAUUGCAUAACAAGUUCUCAGAGUUUCUGAUUACCCAAUGGUUGGCAACCUCUCUUCCAGUACUUCAGUGUGGAUCUGAGUUUCAGGGUUGCAUAAAAAGUUUUCAGAGUUUCUGGUUAGAGAUUGCUGCAGUUCAUUCAUAUAAUGUUCAAUUUGUUAUAGCCCCUUGAAUCCCUUCUUCUUUUAGGAGUGAAGAAGAGAUUGAUGAUGCAAGUAAGGGGGAUCAUGUGCCUUAGGUCAGGCCAGAUUUCUGUAUUACAAGAAAGUUUGUUGUUCAUUGCAUGAUAUUGCUCCUGUAAAGUACAAAAUAUCAAAUAAAAUUCUUUGUUGAUUGGUUGUGUAA